CUGUUGUGUCUCCUCCCUCCUGCGUCCAUCUGUGCUGCCUUGUAGAGCUUGAGGCUACAUUGACAACACUGUGUUAACUCUUGAGGGUUCAGCCCAGUGCUAGUUCAUCAUUUAGCAGCAAGGGAUUCCCUGGGAAAUAUCCCACCUGAUCUCAACACGUUGCUUUAGGAGACGUUCAUAAGCAGAUCUGCAGAGAAUCCUCUGAUGAGUAACUGCAGGGAGAUUUGGGGAAAGGGGAGCUGCUGCUAACGUGUGUGAGCAAGAAACUGAAGGGACUCAAGAAGCUGACAUAGGACAUUGUUCCAGUGACCCUGUGCAAGUCUGUUUUAAAUGUAAUGGUGGAGGGCUCGUUGUAAUUGUACUGUAGAGUAUCACCCAGCAUCAUGAGUCAAAAACGCCGAGCAAGUCAUAGUGGAGUACCUAGUGGUAGCAGUACUACUAGCAGUAAGAAAACCAGGAAAACCAUUAGUUUGGGUACUAAAUUAGACGUUUUAAGGCAUUUUGAUGCAGGUGAGCGUGCGGUAGACAUUGGCAUCACUCUAGGUCUUACUCCGACCACUGUGAGAACAAUUCGGAGUAAUGCCGACAAGAUCAGGGCUAGUGCUCGGUGUGUAACACCGCUUAGUGCUACUAAAAUAAGUCGAUCAAGAAGUAGUUUGAUGGAAAACAUGGAGCGUCUUCUCUCAGUGUGGAUAGAGGACCAAAACCAGCGGAACAUACCUCUAAGUUUGCCUGUGAUACAAGCUAAGGCAAAAAGUUUGUAUGACAAAUUAAAGAGAGACCAAGGUGAAGGAUCACAGACAGAGAUGUUCAUGGCAAGUCGGGGAUGGUUUGAUCGGUUCAAGAAGCGCUUCCACCUGCACAACAUGAAGAUGUCCAGUGAGGUGGCUAGUGCCGAUCCUGCAGCAGCUAAAAAAUUCCCCGACUAUCUCAAGAAAAUAAUUGAGGAAUGUGGCUAUUCACCAAAGCAAGUCUUCAAUGUCAAUGAAACGAGCCUCUACUGGAAAAAGAUGCCUGAACGGACUUACAUUUCCCGAGAGGAGAAGACAGCGCCUGGAUUUAAAGCAGCGAAAGACCGCCUAACUUUGCUUUUAGGUGGUAAUGCUGCCGGAGACAUGAAGAUGAAACCGCUGACUGUAUACCAAUUCGAAACACCACGAGCUCUCAAGGGACUUUCAAAGGAACACCUUCCGGUCAUUUGGAGAUCCAAUAAGAAGGCAUGGAUAACUGGAGCUAUUUUUUCAGAAUGGCUGACUCUUUAUGCCAUCCCUGCAUGGAAGGAAUAUUGUGCCAAGGAAAAUCUUGAUUUCAAGAUUUUAUUACUUAUUGAUAACGCACCAGCUCAUCCAGUCAACCUGGACUACCUGUGCGAAAACGUCAAAGUUGUCUUUCUGCCACCGAACACCACAUCACUCAUCCAACCCAUGGACCAAGGAGCCAUUGCUGCCUUUAAGGCAUAUUACUUACGCCGUACUUUCGACCAGCUCAUCAGAGGCACUGAUGGAGAAGGCAAGCCUACACUUCGGCAAUUUUGGCGUGACUACAACAUCCUCAAGUGCAUCAAUAACAUCGGUGAGUCCUGGGCUGAAGUUACUCAGGCAUGCAUGAACGGUGUGUGGUGGAAGUUGUGGCCUGAAUGUGUCAAUGAUUUAAAAGGAUUUAAAGAUGUUGUUCCCGCUAUGAAGAAAGAUAUUCUCGGCUUGGCCAAGAAAGCGGGUUUUGAUGAGGUGGAAGAAGCCGACGUUACACAGCUUCUGCAGUCACACAGAGAAGAGCUAACCAAUGAAGAUCUGAUGCAACUAGACAUGAUGAGAGCAGUGGAAGACGAGGGCCAAGAAGUAAAAGAAGAACCAACCCAUCGAAAUUUGACUGCCAAACGGCUUUCUGAAGCUUUCCAAAUGAUUGAAGCUGGCUUGCAAAUCCUUAGUGAUGACGAUCCUGACAGGGAACGCAGCUCCAAAGUUAUUAGGGGAGUUGGUCAUCUAAUGACUUGCUAUAAAGAAAUUUACCAAGAAAAAAAAAGGAAAGCAAAACAACCAUCUCUAGAUAUGUUUUUUCGAGUUGUGACGGUUAAGGAAGAACAGCAAGAGGAGCAGCCGGACGAUCCACGCUCUUCCACCUCUGACUUCACCACCUCAACCAAGCUUAACAAUCAUCAUUGCUGAGUACAGUAUUAAAUUGUUUGUUUAAAACUUAUACCUGCAUUAAAUUGUUUGUUUAAAUUUUUUUAAAACUUAUACGGUAUAUGUAUAUAAUGUCUUUUGUCUGGCAAAAAAAAUUUCCCUGGAACAUAAUUACAUUAAUUUUUAUGGGGAAAAUGGAUUUGCUUAACAUCAUUUUGCUUAACGUCGCAUUUUUCAAGAACAUAACUCCAACGUUAAGCAAGGAGUUACUGUAUAAUCAUAUGAUUACCAUGCCCUGCUAAAUACAACAUUAAAUAUUAUGGAAUACAUGAUGCAGCUCUUCUCUGUUUUACAUUUUCUUAAUCAGUAUGUCUAAGCUGAUUUUAUAUUUUAAAUGUACUCUUAAGCCUUCAUAAAGUAAUCAUUCCAGAUUACUACGUAUUUAACUCACUAAAACAAAGACAUUAUUUUAAAUUAAUCAGUCACAGAGGUUUAUUGUGUUCAUAACAAUAUUCAUUGCUUUUAGAAAAAGGGAACACUAAUUUACUUUGUGUGAUCUCCAUAACAAUAAAUAGACAUGUUUAUGAAGUUUCACCAACUUUAAAAAAUAUAUUUCCAAAGAUUUUAGGCAUAACAAAGGAUUUUAUAUCUUACAAAGGUAUCGAUUUUGCUAGAAGGUUCUCUUAAAACUACUGCAUCAAAUAGUCAGAAGUAAAGAAAGGGAAACUUAUUUGUCCAGAUAUCUGGAAGGAAAGGGGUGUUGUCCCUUUAAGGGCUCUCUUCAACAGGGGGGUGAAGGGAGAAAGGGAUGGACAGAAAGGACAGGAAGAUUUUGGAAGCAAGUUUUUUGAACUAUAGUAAUUAAAAUUAAAA